AUGGAUUCGCGCGACGAGGGGCGUUUCGACGAUCUCUUUCUAGUUGUGCUGCAGCAGUGCGAAAAGUUGGAGCCGUUUUUGGACCACUUCUUUAAUUUCUUAUACAGGAGAACGGACCUCUAUCGUAUCAUGCGUCACCAACACGAUACAAUGGGCUUCAAACCUGGAGUUGCAGAGGAGACGGUCAGAAAGUAUUUUAUGAAGUAUCAGAAAUGGGCUCAUGAGGCAGCUGAAGUCAAAGCUCAGCAGAAGAUGGCAAAGCCAGACGAGAAACAGACAGCACUUAAGGACAACCUUCAACAGCAGCAACAUAUAUCAGUGACACCGCACUCACAAGAGUCACCAGAUACUGUUGUCAAUGAAGACUGUACUCGUGGGGAUAAGAUGAAAACUCAAGACUUACCAGAACUACGUGCACUCCCUACUAAACUGGAUGCUUACAAUGGAUCUGUGACCGACAACUACAUUUGGUCUCAGUCACUAACAGAUGUUGAUAUCAAGGUUCUUGUUCCUGCAGGUACCAGAGCCAAAGACGUGACUGUAAACAUAUCAAACCAACAUCUAAGAGUUGCUUUGAAAAAGCCACACGAGAAAAAGAGUCUAAGUGGCAAAGAGUGGCCACAAGUUUUCAUUGAUGGACGGUUGCCUUACAAAGUGAAAGCGAAUGAAUCGAUGUGGAACAUGGAUGGCAGCACACUCCAGGUAAGUCUGGAGAAAUGUGAAGAACGGAUGUGGAAAUAUGUGAUUGAAGGAGAAACAGAAAUCGACACAUCUACUCUUGAUGCAUCUAAGGACAUUAGCGAGUUUGACAAUGAUGCACAAGCGGCAUUUCGAAAAGUUGUGUAUGAUCACCACCAAAAGAUGCAAGGUAAGCCAACAAGUGAAGAAGAAAAAAUGUGUGACGUAUUGAAACAAGCAUGGGACAAGGAUGGAUCGCCAUUCAAAGGGACUCCUUUUGACCCAUCAGUACUAAAUAUGCAUACUUCAAGUGGGACUUACUUCCCGCCUCACACGGGAGGGGGACAAAUGGACUAGCAUUUCAUCAAUAGCAACAGUCUGUCUAUUGAUGGACAUUUUGCUUGAUCUGUUUUCUGUAGCAGAGACAUGUACUAUAUCAAUGUUCAACAUUCAUUUCAAGAGUAGCAAUGGUUAUGAAUACUCCAGCAUAGUCAAUUGAACAGGAUUGCAGCAAUUGUUAAAUACACUAAAUUUUUAUGGCAGAAUUGCUUGCAGACAGGGAAUAAUGAAUUGAAGUUACUGUAGAGAGUCACCCAUAGAUACUUUCAUCAUAUACUGUAACCUUUGUUGUGUAAGUAUAGGUUAUCGUAUGAUUUGCGUGCUAUGUGGCUGUUACCAGCAUGA